AACGGCACUCUUUUUUGUUUGGGCUGAACGCUUCUCAGCUAUGCGGCUGUAUGGGUACAGAAAUAUGUGGCUAAUUUGGCUGUUGAGUUGCAGGGGCUAAUGAAAGUUGUGUUUUUGAGGCAAGGGUCGUGUCAUCUGUCUUAAAUUUACCUGAACUCCUCUUUAGAAGACCGCACGCGACUUCAUCAUGAAUAUGCACUUUGAAGGAUCCAGCAAUGUCACGCUGUUGUUUGACUUCUGGGAUGUGCGUGGGCCUGCAGGCAUGGUGCUGUCGGUGUUUGUCGUUCUACUGCUCACCGUGAUCUACGAGCUUCUGAAGGUGUGGAAGAUCACUAUUGGAAAACAGAAGCAAUCCUCCAUUACACAUUCAUCCGCUCCGGUGCCUUUCUCUCCUGAAGCGUCCUGUUUCACCCCUGUCAUGAAGUGUCAAGAGGGAAGCUCUUCUCUGACCAACAGCCCCUCUGAGAUCUCAUUAGCUCCCACCGAGAAUACGGCCACCACUGCUGACGCUGACGCCGCUGCUAAGAAGAGCUGGGUUCUGCACUUCCUCCAGACCGCCAUACACAUCCUGCAGGUGACACUAGGCUACAUGCUCAUGCUCUGCGUCAUGUCCUACAACGUGUGGAUCUUCCUGGGGGUCAUCAUGGGAUCCGUUUUGGGAUACUUUCUGGCUUUUCCUCUACUGAAUCACAUUUGAGAAGACAUGAGAGAACAAAAACACGAGACGGCAUCUCGAAAUGUUCAUCUGAGUUGACUGUGGACUCUAGAUCGCGAGCAACAGGAAACAUUUUAUGAUACCGGGUUUCUGUGGCCAUGAUCACUAAGACGUGCAAGAUACUGCGGUAUGUACACUGAACAGGGAUGAUUCUCAUUUUGAACGUUUUUUUAGGGUUGUAUUUUAAAGAUAAUGCACGAAAUCUUAUUUAACUGAAGUUUGGUGAUAACCAAUUGUAAAAUUGGUUAAAAAACAGCUUUCAAAAGUGUUGAGGUUAGAUUUUAAACCUUAUUGGAAACACAACAUUUCAAGUGUUAAACGCAUAUGAUUUUAGCACCGUACUAAACGGAGAUGUGCCUCAUUGACCGGUUUUAUACUUUCUACAACUACUGAUGUAAUUAAGCUAAUUUUCUGUUACACAGAUGAAUGUUUAAAUUCUCUUCUGUGAGAUUUGCUUUACUGUAGCUGGUGGUUUUCUGUUAUUUUGGGAACAUUAGUUUUAAACCUCAUAGUAAACUUCCUACAUGAGUCAAGAUCAGGCGUUUUUGUGUCAUGCUGGAAAUUACUGCUGAAUAGCAGAAAAAACAAUGGUUUGAACAAAACGAGAAAUGCAAAUCACGUGGCCUUAGUUAAUGUUCACCAGCAAUACAGAUGCAUGGAGACUGACUGACUGACUGAGAGCAGAAAUUAGAAACUGCAAUCCUCACCGCAAUGAUUCAAAUGCACUAGUAGUAAUGUUCCUCCAGGCAAUCUUUUUGUUUUUCUCCAUUGCUUAAUUGUUUUUAAAUGAAAUUUGUUUUAUUGCAGAAUGUAUUAAAGGUUUUGAUUACAAGUCUA